UCUUCACUAGGUUCUCAUUGGCUUUUCAUGAUGGUAGUUCACUGUCGCCACAUGCUCGUUUACUUUAGAAUGAAUACAGAUUUGGGGAUUUUUUCGUUGGUCAUUUGAAUCAGGAGUCAGAGCGCCAGGGACUCGGAGCAUCGCUUGGCCACACCGCUGAAGAGAGAAUGAUGGAAUUUCGUUUCGGCAGCACAGUGGCCUGAGGAUAAUUAUCUGCCAGCUGAGAUUAAAGAAAAAAGAGAUACGUAGGGUAAAGAUGUUUUGCACGAAGCUGAAAGAUCUGAACAUUUCUGGAGAGUGUCCAUUCUCCAGCCUCGCCAAGAAGAGUGAGUCUGGAGACUUUGAGGAUUGCUCCAGUGACGCCGCGGAUAUAUUGCCUAUUUCUAAGGAUGUGCCAGAGAAAAGCGGCGAAGAUCUACCCCCUCAGAGACUAUCCAGAUUGAAAGUUAACCUUCAUUCACUUGGAGAAAGCAUCCAAAAACUGGCUAAUCCCGAGUUUCAAAGACUGCACACUGCUCUCGAUCGAAUAGUGAAUCCUAAAAUACACACCGACAACGAAAGCCUAGAAACAUGCCCAUGCUCUUGUGACAAACCAGAACAUCUACUACACAUAAUGACGGAGUACUCCACCAAAACAGGGAUCCCAAUGGAGGCGGUGCAAGAGGCGUUGGGGGAGGAGCUCUUCCGGAUGUGCUACGAGGAGGACGGCCACGUGCUGCGGGUGGUCGGCGGCGCCCUCCACGACUUCCUCAACAGCUUCAACGUCCUGCUGAGACAGAGCAGCGGCGGGUCCAAACGGUCGCGCUCCGACUCUGACGCCGCCGCCGGCGCCGCCGGCCCGGGGGGCUCAGCCCGCCACGAACCCUCGGUGCUGUGCCUGGACAAGGACCCGGGCCUGCUCACCGUGUACUACUUCAACCCCCAGCCCAUCACGGAGCUCUUCUUCCCUGGCGUGAUCCGCGCGGCCGCCAGGGUGCUGUACCACACCGGCGUGGAGGUGGUGCUCACGGACCCGGCGGGGGCCGGCAAGGACUGCAUCCUGCAGGCCAGCCCCCAGCACAGCCUGCGCUACACUGUGGUGGUGAAGGACACCCGGAGCCUCAGCCCCAGCCCGCUGAGGGCCACCUCGGCCGGGACCUUCCCCAGCUCCCUGUUCUGCACCACCUUCCCCUUCCACCUGCUGCUGGACCAGGACCUGCUGCUGCUGCAGAUCGGACACGGCCUCCGCAAGAGGCUCUCCCGCAAGGAGGGCCCGCCGAGGAGGGUCACCUCCUUCCACGAGCACUUCUGCAUCGUGUCGCCCCAGAUCCGGUGCUCCUUCCAGGGCAUCCUGACCAUGCUGAACACACAGUUCAUCAUCCGGAUCAGGCACACGGACGGCUGCAGCGCGGACGGCAAAGGGAAGCCGAUGGACCUGAAGGGCCAGAUGAUCUUUGUGUCCGAGUCCAACGCCGUCCUCUUCCUGGGCUCCCCGUGCGUGGACAAGCUGGAGGAGCUGACGGGGCGCGGCCUGUACCUCUCCGACAUCCCCAUCCACAACGCCCUGCGCGACGUGGUGCUGGUCGGGGAGCAGGCCAAGGCCCAGGACGGCCUGAAGAAGCGCCUGGGGAAGGCCAAGACGGCGCUGGAGCACGCCCACCAAGCCCUGGAGGAGGAGAAGAAGAGGACGGUGGACCUCCUGUUCACCAUCUUCCCGGGCACCGUGGCCCAGGAGCUGUGGCAGGGCCACACGGUGCCGGCCAAGAAGUUUGACCGCGUCACCAUGCUGUUCUCCGACAUCGUGGGCUUCACGGCCGUGUGCUCGCGCUGCACGCCCAUGCAGGUGGUUACCAUGCUGAACGAGCUCUACACUCGCUUUGACCACCAGUGUGGGGAGCUGGACGUGUACAAGGUAGAGACUAUUGGCGAUGCUUACUGUGUAGCAGGUGGCUUGCACAAGGAAAGCGAGAUGCACGCGUUCCAAAUAGCACGCAUGGCGUUGAAGAUGAUGGAGCUAUCCAACGACGUUAGGACUCCCACGGGAGAUACCAUUCAGAUGCGUAUCGGCCUCCACACGGGGUCGGUGCUGGCCGGCGUGGUCGGGGUCAAGAUGCCGCGCUAUUGCCUGUUCGGCAACAACGUAACAUUGGCCAACAAGUUUGAAUCUGGAAGCCAACCGAGUAAAAUCAACGUCAGCCCCACUACUUACGGACUGCUGAAGGACUGCCAGGGGUUUGUCUUCAUUCCAAGGAGCCGACAGGACCUUCCGGCCAAUUUUCCAGACGAUAUCCCUGGUGUUUGUUACUUUCUGGAGCCCUCUGAUAAUAUCCCCGGCGGCGGCGGUGAUUUUAUGAAUGACUGUCUGCAGAAAGAGCUGGAGCACAACACCACCACCACCACCACAACCACUACAAACUGAAACUGAAACUGAAACUAGCAAAUUAACUAUUAAUGAAUUCCGAGUAUGUGUUUUUCAGUUUUUUGUUUUGGAGCUACCAAUUAGACGAGGGUGUUUAUAUUUUAAAGCAUCGGUAUAGGUUUGUUGUUUUAAUAACUUGUAGAACUGUAUGUACAGUCCGUAGAGAGAGAGAGAGAGAGAGAGAGAGAGAGAGAGAGAGAGAGAGAGAGAGAGAGAGAGAGAAUUUAAAUUAAACACAACCUCUUUGUGAUCAUCAUCAUGGCUGCCAUCAAGAAGAAGGAUAUCUUGAAGUUAUUUUUAUUCCUUAACGUAGUCAACCAUGAAUAUGAAGUGCAAAAAAGCAGGUCAAGUGUCGUAUUUUGUCAUUUGACAUGCUUCUAUUUAAAAAAAAACAUCUCUUGUCAAAUAUUGUAUUGUCACAAAAUCCCUAAAUAAUCCAGAACUGAUCUCUAAAUAUAGAGGACCAGGAAAUAUAAUAACUACAUUUCCUGUGAAAGUGAACAUUUGGAUAGAUUUAGGGGUUCACCCAUGACCAUUACAUUCCAGUAUUCACGUCUCCUUUCCUCUGCAAGUUGACGCAGAACAGAUAAACUCAAGGUGCCUUAUGGGAAAUGUCAGCUGUAGCAUGGGACAAAUACACCCCUUCCUCUUUGUAUUACUGUAUACGUGCAUUUUCUAUUCUUCAUAGCUAGGGAUAAGGCUAAUGCAUUGUGUACAUUAACCCUUGUGAUACAUAUGUAUAAAUGUCAAGUAUAUGUUUUUCAACGUUUUUGUUGUUUUUACAGCACAGUAUGCAUUCUUAAACUCAUGUUUAAAAGAUCCAAAUCAUUCCAAAAUACACACCCUAGGCACAAUAUAUAUAUAUGUAUAUAUAUAUACAUAUAUAUAUGUGUGUGUGUAUGUGUCCUAGUGUGUUUUUGUAAUUGUGUAAGUGCACAUUUUCCAAAAACAUACGACAACCACACAGAAGAAAACAAUGAAUGUUAUAAGACGUGUAUGGAAUUUAAAGUAUUAAUAUUAUUAUAGUUUGUAAUGUAAUCAAAGCACAAUAAAUAUUACAAUGACAAUACUUGCUUUACUGGUUAACUGGGAU